AAAUAGACAUCUAGUAUGAUCUUGGUCAUCUUGCCAUGUAAAACAUUAGCCGAUUUUCCUUUUUGGUGUAGAGUAGAGGAGAAACACAGGUCAUUUUCAGCUGUUACGGAACAACUUUAUUGCUGAUCUCAGACGGAAGAACAUAUACAUGUGUAUCCAGACGGAACAGCAGAUUCAGAUUUCUAAGAGGACGGCGACAUCUCUACCCAGGUGCUACGUACAUCUCUCUUUUUCUGCAGUUGCAGGUAAGGCAGCUGCCACCCUGUUUGACAUAAUAUGCCACGGGUUUGGUGAACCUAGACAUUGCUGAUUAUGUUUGGCGUACUGUUGAUCGAAUUCUCCUUUUUGUCAUAGUCAGCACCUGCACCCUUAACUAAUUUCUUAUUGCUACCAUAUAUAUUAUUUCUUUGUGGAGAUUCGCGUACAGUUUCUGUUUCAGUCUACCUCUUCUAAGCUUCCUGUUUCUUUGCAAUAUCAGCCUGCAUGAAACAGAUAAAAUUAUGAUUCUGUUUGAUGAUCUAAUUAAUUACAAAGUAAAUUGGACAGAUUAAGUAAAUGCACUAUUAUUGCAGCUAGGACGAUUAGCUGUCCAAGUUAGCUGGUCUUUGAAACUGGCAUGAUGACGAAAAAAGAGGAUUCUUCAAUGUAGAUCGAAAAGGCUAGUUCCGAUUUGCUUUGAAAAGAAUUUAGCAUGGAAUGGAAUUAAGGAUUCGCUUUGUACCAUGCAAGUGUCAAUAAUGACAAUAAUGCAAAACGGAAAAUUGGACAUGCUUUGUUAUGUCGUUCAUUCAUAUAAAGCUAUAUUGUCAUUCUCUCUGGAAAAAAGCACACAGCUCUAUAUGCUCUACACGUGCAUGUUUGCUGAGAUUUUCUCCUUUCAUUUUCUUUCUUGAAAUGAUGUCGUCUGGUAGUCAAUAAGUUUUGUUUACUUAGAGAUCGAAAUGCAUAAAAUAUAUGAGAAAAUUUAAAGGAGUUUAAUCAAGGAGCACCAGGACACCUAUUGGACUACCUGUACUAUUUGCACUGCCAAGUAGUUGUAUAUCUGCCGGAGAUGUCACUUUAUAAAAUCUUGUUGGGGAAAAAUGAAAAAAAAAAGAGUCAAAAAGAAGAAUUUAAUUGUGUACAAGUACCCAAAAGGUAAAAGUACUAUGGGCUUAUUGAAAAUCAUUCAACAAAAAGUUUGAUUAAGGUGUCCAAUGCAUGUCAGGGUUACUACUAGAUGUACACAGCAUUGCCCUUUCAUUAUGCUUAUAAUACAGUACAUCUGGAGUGUGUAUGUGCACUUGGUUUGAUUUGUGCCCACAGGACUUGGGGAAAAUUGUUACUCUGGUGCCAGAUGCAAAUACACUAAUUUCUUCAAACCACGGCACUUUGUCAGGGUUGUUUGUGAAUGUUACAUUCAAACUUCAUUUAAAAAAUACGGCAAUGCUAAAAUUCCGAUGUAUGAUUUUUAAGCAUGGCAAAUCAAACAUUUUUUGACAAAAUAUGUUGUUGCGAGGAUAGCAAUUUUCUUUAGCGAGCAAGCAAUUCCUUACAAAAAACUGAACAUGGCAAGGAUUUGUCAUGCUUGCUAAAAGAAUUUGCCAUCCUCGCGACAACAUAAUUUGCCAUCUCGGACGUUUGAUUUGGCAUGCUUAAAAAUCCGGCAUUCAAUUUGUAGCGAAAUCCAAAAAAUAAGAAAAGUUGGUGAUUAUUGCCAACUACUUCCUUCGUCCCAUAAUAUAAAAGCGUUUUUUACACUACACUAGUGUCAAAAACUCUCUUAUAUUAUGGGACGGAGGGAGUAGCAGUAUGUAUGUCCAAGCUGCAGCAGGGAAAGAUGAGAUGUGGAUGUUUACGUGCAUGGCAUCGCCUGUAGUUCUCUAGUUGGUCAAUUGGAGAACCCACCUAUCUAGCUUUAUAUAGAGCUCCUUGUUCUCUGGUCCAUGUUAUAUUAUUGCCUAAGGCUAGCCAUAGUGGGGGUAACUUACGUAGUAACUUAACACACUCCAAGAUAAUUUUGCUUAUGUGGCAAGUAUUUAAUGAGGAGAGAGGUGUUUGGAGUAACAUAAUAUGUUACUGUAACAUAGCGCUUCCCGAGGUAAAAUGGGUCUAUAAGGUAAUAAAUGAAACAAUCUAUAACACUACUACUAAGAUAUUUUGCACUAUAGAGAUAGUAACUUAGACUAGUGUCAUAAGUUACUCCCCAUUAUGACCAGACUAAACAAAGUUGAUAUGAAAGGCUAUAUUCUUACAAGUGCUUUGGCUAUUUCCUACUAGUAUAGCUUCCUAGUAGUGACCAAACUGCAUGCAGUACAUGUACUGCUGGUCCAAUAUAUAUGAUGAUGCCAACUACAUCCAUGGGUCAUGGUGUAGGCGUACGUUCAACCUCAAAAGGCAUGUAGCUUCCCUUUUUGUUUGUUUGAUUGAAAGGUCUCUCCUCUCCAACCUUAGUUAGUUGUACGUCCUAUUCCAGUUCUGAAAUGUAUGUCUUCAUUGGAUGAGAGGUCAAGCUUUUGGAAGUUUGACUACCAGGAUCUGCCGAAUCGCAUCGAUAAAUCCUCUCUUUGAAAAUAAUACCGCAUUAGACUCGUCUCGCAAAAUCCUUCUGGGCUAAGCAAAUUUUGUUGCUUAUCAAAACGUACCGCAGGGGUCAGAGAUUAUAGCCAAGCCUUGCAUUUUAAGGACAUACAUGCAAAACUCAGAAAGCGAUCGACAUACAUUUCUAAAUACAGGGAAACAAGAGUACAUGUGCUUCAUCAAUUCUUCUCAGAACAUGGUGUACAGCUGACAUUGUUACUCAGCUGAACAUGGUGUACACGUAUAGAUCAGUAUCAGGUUUGAUGGACACAUGUACGCCAAAGAUAGCAGCGAGUGCAUGCAUGGAAACCCAUGGGCAUGCACUCGCACGUACACAUAUGUGCAGUGACUUUGUUGGACAUGCUAGAAGUUUGUUAGUCUUGGCUCUUGGGGGUACUUGUCUCCUCCUCUCAUUUUCGCACCUACUGGCUAGCUGGAGACCGCAGAAAGCUACAGGCCAAAAUGCAAGUUAGGAGCCCAAGACUUUGGACAGUACUUAACUUUAAUCACUAGCCUCUUAGCCGUGCCUCCUUUUUUCUCAAGGAAUCAUUGUCCCCUCUCCUCUCCUUGGCUAGCAGCUAGCAUCAGUGAUCGACCAGCACGGCAGCACGUACUGGUUAGUUUUCCUUUUUCCCUUUUCCGAUCGACAGGAGCCGGCAGUACUGGCCGGUACUGUAAAGUUUUUGGGCGGUUAUAAGUGCAUCUUUCACCCUCUCCAGAUCGACCUAUCUGCUAUGUAUCUAUCUGCCCUUGCAGAUGUAAACAUGCUUCCUUCCAAGGGCCAGCCACCCGCAUAAAUAUGAGUGAGAUCAUCAUCGACUGCUUGCUAUAUCGUCUCGCACACGCCAGCUUGAAUUCCCAUAUGCAUCUCGACGAACCUUUCUAGAUAGAUAGGCAGAUAGAACUGAGCCGUGACCUCACCCUUAAUUUGGCUCCUCUCUCUUUCUCCACACCACUGAUCACUAUUGACGAGAUGGAGGCAGCGGCACCAAGGUCCUCGUCAACUAGCUACUAGAUCGUCCGGUCGUCCGUUGAUCGAUCUCCCAUGGAGGCGAGCAAGGGAGGCGACGGGAGCUCGGGCGCCUCGGCGAGCAACGAUGACAGCACGGUGGAGGAGGAGGGAGCGGGCCGUGAAGAGCAGGAGGACGCCUGCAGGGGGAACUCUUUGUCGUCGUCGUCGGUGCGCCCCUACGUCCGCUCCAAGAACCCGCGCCUCCGCUGGACGCCGGAGCUCCACCACUGCUUCGUCCGCGCCAUUCACAGGCUCGGCGGCCAAGACCGUGCAACUCCGAAGCUCGUUCUUCAGUUGAUGAACGUCAGAGGGCUUAGCAUAGGCCAUGUCAAGAGCCACCUCCAGAUGUAUAGGAGCAAGAAGAUCGAUGACUCAGGCCAGGUCAUAGGUCAUCUCCCCUUGCCCCAUGCCUUCCAUCAUCGCCAGAGUGGUGCGGGCACCAUGUUGUCAAGGUUUGGUGCUGCUGCAUGGCCUCCAUGGAGAAGCUUCCAUGAACCAUAUUGGGCCCAUGGUCGCCCCUUUCUUGCAACUGGAUCGAGGACCUACAACUCUUUAGAAGCUGAAGCCGAGGCGGCUUUCCUUCGGUCCCGAGCUCAACAUGUAGCUCGAGCUGCAUCUAGCAAUCCGGGACUGAUGAUGCAGUCAGGCUGUCCAUCUCGGAACGAUCAUCAUACCAUGAACCACCAGCAUAAACGAUUGCUGCAACCGACAGUGUGCAACGCUGAUGAUAUCCAUAUUUCUCUUGAUCUUGAUCUCGAUCUCUCGCUCGGUCUCCCCGUGCCGAGGAGGGAGGCGAAGCGGAAGAGAUCGGGCUGCGGCUGGGUGAAAGAAGGCCCUGAUGAGAAUGGAGCCGAUGAAGAACAAGUGGAUGAGACCAGCAGUGCCACUAUGCUAUCUCUGUCCUUGUUCUCUCCUGGGGAUGCUCCUCGGAAGAUGAGUAGCACUAGUGCUAGUGAUCGUGCAGUAGAUGAGCAUGCUACAAGGAGGGCAAGUACUCUUGAUCUCACCAUAUGAUCUACACAAUGUGGUGAUAUCUCGUGGUACUUAUCCAUGCAUACAUAUGUUAUAUAUUAUGUAGAGCGAACAUAUAUACCUAUGUUUUACCAUACA